AUGCUGGAGAACACGGAGAAUACAGAGAAUACGGAGGACACGGAGAACAUGGAGAACACAGAGAAUACGGAGGACAUGGAGAACAUGGAGAACACGGAGGACAUGGAGGACACGGAGAAUACGGAGGACACGGAGAACACGGAGAAUACGGAGGACAUGGAGGACACGGAGAAUACGGAGGACAUGGAGAACACGGAGAAUACGGAGGACACGGAGAAUAUGGAGAAUACGGAGGACAGGGAGAACAUGGAGAAUACAGAGGACACGGAGAACACGGAGAAUACGGAGAAUACGGAGGACAUGGAGAACACGGAGAAUACAGAGGACAUGGAGAACACGGAGGACACGGAGAACACGGAGAAUACGGAGGACAUGGAGAACACGGAGAAUACAGAGGACAUGGAGAACACGGAGGACACGGAGAACACGGAGAAUACGGAGGACAUGGAGAACACGGAGGACAUGGAGGACAUGGAGGACACGGAGAACACGGAGGAGAUGGAGAACAUGGAGGAGAUGGAGAACUCGAGACCGAGACUGGCAGAACGUUGGCACGAGGCAGACGCGGGGCUGGCGGAACACGAGCCGUUCAUCGCCCUCGGGUUAAAUGGACAAGGUGGCCGCGUGGAGAAAAAAGAGCUUUCUCUGGGGGAAGAAAAAGCGGACGUGGCUGCUCAGGCUGUUAACGUUCCGUUCAAGCAGAAAGCCAAGACAAAAAGCCUUUGUCAAAAACAAGCAGAGUUCGUACGAUCCCAGCGGUCAUGCUGGCACACUCGCCAUCGUUCAGCGCUAGUUUCUCAAUCUCCGUCUCGUUUGUGUUAUGCCUGGAAGCUCCAGAACUUCUGA